AUGUUUUGUUUACGUGUGACAGUUGGCGGCGAAGUUCCGGAAAGUGUGUUUUGCGGUGGAAAUUCUUGGGAAACUCCGAUGGCUGCGGCACCUGCGGAGGAGAAUCUUGACCAGACAGAAUUCGACGAGGAUGAGUUCCUGGGCGAUGUGCAGACGGAGAGCGCUCAAACGGGACGAAAGCGCCUCUUCAGCAAGGAGCUGCGGUGCAUGAUGUACGGCUUCGGAGACGACCAGAAUCCCUACACGGAGAGUGUGGACAUGCUGGAGGACCUCGUGAUUGAGUUCAUCACGGAAACCACGCACAGAGCGAUGGAAAUUGGACGAACGGGACGCGUUCAGGUGGAGGACAUUGUGUUCCUGGUGCGCAAGGAUCCGCGGAAGUAUGCCCGCGUGAAGGACCUCCUGACCAUGAAUGAGGAGCUGAAGCGCGCGCGGAAGGCCUUCGAUGAGAUCAAGUACGUGGGAACGGAGGGAAAGCCGAAGUAGAAUAAAUUUUGCUAG